AUGGCCGAAAAAACAGAUGUUCACCCUUUGAAAGGAAUUGACUACUCGGAGAAAGAUAUUGGUGUCCUUGUUCGACAACUCUGCAAGAAUCUCAACCAGCAACACAGCCAGUGCCUGACAGAAGUGGUUGACUUUGACUUACAAGCAGUCUUCUUAAUGCAGGAGAUAGGUCCCCAUCACCGUAUCCGAUCAAUUGUCAAGAUGGUCCUCAAACAAUUUGAUAUCAAUACCCAGCCCCCCAAAACCCCAAAGAAGAGAUCCCCCAGCAGUGCUCCACCACAAAACAUGCUCCAACAACAACUUCUAGAUGCAGCCAAACAGGUCCAAAAAACCAUUGACACCUUCGACAACAACACUUCCUCCAGAAAACCAUUUUGCCUCCAAUUUCCGUCAUACAAACAUGUGCUUCAAAACGCCAUCUCCAUGCAAGACAAGUGUCAAAAAUUGCCAACCAACCGAAUGGUGGUCCUACUAGAUGAGGCUGGUAUUUGUGUAGGGGUGGUUGUGCCACCCUUUCCAAAGACCCCUGGGAAACACCAUCCAGAGGCGGAUGACUGCGCAUGCCAAGCACUCAACAAAACAGUCUUAACUUCCUCUUGGAAUACAAAUGAAGAUGAGGUUCAAUAUUCUUCCACCCCCCUGGAUCCUCAUCCUAGGAGCCCAUUUCCACUUGGGAAAUCCAACAAGGGUGAAAGUCGUACUCCCAAGGGGGGGGGGGAUACAAAGACGUCGAUGUCCUUUCAGACUUAUGGAUUUGGCCUAGGAGAUACCAAAUCCAAAGGCAUGAAUGACCUCAAGAUUCCGAUCUUGAAAAACCAGAUCAACACCGCAAAACUUCAAGGCUACAGUAAUUCUUGGAAGAACGUGCCAUUUACCCCUUCACUCCAAAUCACUACGCAAAGUCAAAUAUACAAGACCCAAGCAAGGGUACAUCUACAAAACGAGAUCAAAUUCUACUCGAAGUUGUCCUUAUGGAUCAACAAGUCUUUCUUGCCUGCAUCAACAAAAAUCACUGAACAAGGAGUUCAAUACCUCAUGUCUUCGGAUUCAGAUCUUCUACGCAAGAAUUUGGCCAAGGAGAACAAUCAAAUUAUUGCUUGUUAG